AUGAGAGCGUGUACGACGCAAGCGACUGCGACGAGAGCUCGCGUAGCACUGACGAACGGGAGUGACGGCGCGCGCGGGGCGGGAGGGCAGUGCGCGGAGGCGGGGCGAGCCGCAAGCGAAUGGCCGCCGCGCGCCGCCUCUCGCCACGCCCGCGCGCCCCUCGGCCUUCGCCCCCGCGUGCCCGCAUCGAUCGCGAAGCGCCCGCGCAACCACCCGGACCCAAAUCUGCUUCAGCUUACCACGACAUCUUAG